AGAUGUAACGUGGGGACCAGUGGUGGUGGUGGGGGGGUUGCAAAGAAGUGUCAUCACGUGAAAAAACAAGAAAGGCCAUUUGAAGUAUAAUUGGUAUCAAAUAAAAAUAAAAAGGGGGCGUUGACUUGUUUCUGACCCAAAUCUUUCGAACGAAUGAGCUACAGGAUGGGAGGCAGCGAAUCUCAUUAGGGCUCCAGGACAGUGGGUGGUGAAGGGCUGGAGCCCCCGAGGGAUGGAUUGACCACAAGUCGUUUGCAGGUUUUUUUGAUAUAUAUAUACAUAUAUAUAUUUUAAAAAGAAACCCAGGACGAGAGGAGAUCCCUUUGACCGUCCAACAAUGAACUUCGCUCUUCCAGCCCGUCCGCUCUUCAGCAAACUCAGCCUGUGGUCCCUGAAUGCUGGUUACCGGGGACUGCAUCUCUCGCCAGGCCUCACAGCCAAGGAGUUCUAUGAAGUGUUGGUGGUGGGAGGCGGCACUGGUGGUGUCUCCAUGAGCGCUCGGAUGAGGAGAAAAUUGGGCGUUGGAAAAGUAGCCAUCAUUGAGCCAAGUGAGAAACACUACUACCAGCCCAUGUGGACACUGGUGGGAGCUGGGGCUAAACCCUUAAGUGAUUCGGGGCGUACGACUGCCAGUAUCAUCCCGUCCGGAGUCAAGUGGAUCAAAUCCCGAGUUCAGGAGUUCGACCCAGAGAAGGACCUUGUCCGUACGGCUGAUGGGAAGGAGGUCUCUUACAAAUACCUGAUUGUUGCUGUGGGACUGGAGCUCCACUAUGAUAAGAUCAAGGGGCUUCCUGAGGGCUUUGGUUAUCCCAAAGUGGGCUCCAACUACUCGGUCAAGUAUGUGGAAAAGACCUGGAAAGCGUUGCAAGAUUUCAGGGAAGGAAAUGCCAUCUUUACCUUCCCCAACACGCCAGUCAAAUGUGCCGGAGCUCCUCAGAAAAUCAUGUACCUGACUGAGGACUACUUGAGAAAGACAGGGAAACGAUCCAAAGCGAACAUUUUCUACAACACGUCACUGCCGGUGAUAUUCGGGGUGAAGAAAUAUGCAGAGGCGCUUCUAGAAAUUGUUGAAGACAGAGACAUAGAAGUCAAUUACAGGCUAAACCUCACUGAAGUCCAUGCAGACAAAUGCAAGGCUGUGUUUGAAAAGCUGGACCACCCUGGGGAGGAGGUGGACUUUGAGUAUGAGAUGCUUCACAUCACACCUCCGAUGGGACCCUGGAAGGUAGUUGGCCAGAGCCGGCUGGCUGACGCCAAUGGCUGGGUGGAUGUGGACAAAGACAACCUACAGCACAGGAAGUACCCAAACGUGUUUGGCAUUGGAGAUUGCACCAACCUCCCAACAUCCAAAACUGCCGCAGCAGUAGCCGCUCAGUCCAGCAUCCUCAACAAAACCAUCUCAAAGGUCAUGAAGAACAAGAAGGCAACACACAAGUAUGAUGGUUACACCUCCUGUCCACUAGUAACCAGCUACAAGACCUGUAUCCUGGCGGAGUUUGACUACGAUGGGAACCCAUUGGAGACAUUCCCAUUUGACCAGAGCAAGGAGAGAAGGACCAUGUUUCACAUGAAGGCAGAUGUCAUGCCCCCUCUCUACUGGCAUGUCCUACUCAAAGGGCUGUGGGGAGGACCUGCUCCUUUUCGAAAGCUGAUGCAUCUUGGCAAGAAACCUGGAUCUGUCACGUAUUGAACAAAAUCCCAUCAAAGGCAGGAGAACCAUUAUUUUUUUGAUUUCUUGGAGUUGGGCACAUAACUCGGUCGACUUCUAUAAUAAAGCAUACCAAAGCUA